ACUGAACAAACGCAUAUGCUGAUAUAUUAGGUAAGCACGGCUUUGGCCUCAAUCAGCUUUUUGGGCCUCAGAAUUUAACUCAAAAGAACCUCCGAUCGGCCUCACAUGGAUAUGCAUUAAGUUAUCGUACCACCCUUUUUCGCUAUAACAUGUGCCUCAGAUUAUUUCAAGCUGCCCGCACUUUGUGUUACCCAAAGUACCUACACCUACCUAAAUUCGUGGAAGCUACCCCCUCGUUCCUACGUCGCAGAGAGCUGCUAUUGGAUUCUGCAGCUGCCCGCUACCAGCCGAUCAAUCUCGCCAUACCACCUUUUGAACUCUUAUCUAUCUAUCUAUCUAUCUAUCCUUGAAGUUUAGUUUUCUCCAUCCGCACAUUUUUCGAGUAGACUUUACACAAACUUAGCAUGGAGGUCUUCAUGCAAGACCUUCCUUAUGGCCUCAACGACCAGGGCCUCAAGACUCAACUAACAGCUAUCAUUACUGAUAGACUGCGCAUCACGGAUUGGACCUGCAGGAAGGUCCGCGGGAAACAUUUCGGCACUGUUACCUUCCUCUACGAAGAACAUGGCCAUAGAUUCCUGCAAGUUCACGGCGGCGUCCGUAGAAUCGGUCCGCGGCGUGUUCAAGGAAACUUGAAUAUCCUCGGCAACUGGGUCAGGUGUCAAAUCAGUAAAAAAACCCCGGACAAAUUUCUACUGAAGGCCAUGAUCAAGACAGCCGAUGACUUCAAACAGCAGGAGGAAGAAGAGACGUUGUCUCCGAAUGAUAGAAAAGUUGCCUUCGAUCUUCGCGAGUUUUCAUGCGGCCAUUACGAAUAUAUGGGUAGCAGGCUCGCUUACAGCCCCGACAUCACAUGGAAUAUCAAAGGAGUAGCCAAAUUUGCCAGGGAUUCACUUAUAAUCUCAUACGAUUCCAUCCGAGUUGAAAUCCCAUAUCGUACUGUCGAUGAGAUAGUCGUUGCUAGCGUUCGUCAGAUACCUACGUUGACCUUAACGCUAUGGGAAGCGCCUCGAUUAUUUGAAACGCAUGCUUCACCUCAAGAUAUUGCAUUGCACAUGAGUCAAUUGGGGAUUUCUGGACCUACCCCAGGAGCAAUCAAGGCAUCCAGGCUUCGGUUGAGCCACCUACCACACACUAGCGCCAAUCAUGCAGCAAUCCUAGGGCAGAGCCUCGUGUACAGUAUUCAGGUAUCGCCUAUUGAGUUCAACCCUAAGCUGCAGCGACUCAAGCAAAAGGAAAAGCUCAAGAUUUCGUACUAUGACUUCCCGGACGUCUUGUACGGCCGAACAUCUAUGGACGAGGGGAACGAGGCAAUCAAAGCUCUACUCGAUGAAUGCCAGACUACUUCCGCUAUUCCUUUUGAUAUCCUUUUUCAGUUUCAAGCUCUUGUUCAAAACGGCUAUCUUUUGCCACAGACGGUCGAGAUACUACUCAAGCGCCUUCGCCAGAAAACCCGUGUCCCUCCCACCAAUGGGUAUUCGGGCGUCCAAGUCAACGGGAAUUACCGACCGGGCAUAGGUAACAGCGGAAUUAAUGGUACCAAGAAUGCACCAACAAAUCCCUCCUUUCCCUUCUCCGCAGGUGCGGUCAAGAAGCUUUUCUCCCAAAUACCAUUCCCUAGCCCAAAUGUGGAGGCAAGCACAUUUAAUCCAGACGAGAUUUGGUCAUACCUGGAGGCCAAUGAAAAGGAAAUCCGUCGCGGCACCGGAAAGGAGCUAAUAUCGGAGAGGGCAAGCCAGAGUCUUGUGAUGGUAUACAAAGUGCAGGUUACCCCCACUCGAAUCACCCUUCUUGGACCUGAACCAGAAGCGAAAAACCGAAUACUGCGGAAGUUUCCUGACCAUAUCAGCUACUUUGCCCGUGUUCAAUUUUGCGACGAGGAUGGCCAGGACCUAUUCUUUAAUUCCAAGGUGUCGCUUGACUCGGUCUGGGAACGGUUCAGGAAUAUCCUCUUACAAGGGGUUCAUAUCGCUGGUCGCGAUUACAGGUUCUUGGGGUUUUCUCACUCGUCUCUUCGAGCACACAGUGUAUGGUUCAUGGCUCCCUUCACUGAUCAUGAUGGUUACUCGCAGGACUAUUUCCAUGUGAUUUCACUUCUCGGGAAAUUUAAUAAGAUCUACUCGCCCUCCAAGUGCGCCGCCCGAAUCGGCCAGGCUUUUUCCGAGACUCCAUUCUCUAUCGAUCUUUUAAGCAUUGGGACCCGCAUCGAGCUUGUUGAUGAUGUGACAUCUAGCGAUGGAGAGAGAGUGUUCAGCGAUGGGGUUGGGACACUGUCUAGAUCAUUGAUGGAGGCUAUUCAUGCCUCCCUACCACAACAUAGAGACACGACCACGUGUUUCCAGAUUAGGUGGGCAGGUGCUAAAGGAAUGCUUUCUUUGGACGACACCCUCCAGGGAAUGGUCAUGCGCAUUAGACCGAGUAUGGUUAAAUUCGAAAGCGAAGAUAGCAAAUACCUGGAGAUAUGUGAUAUGGGGAAUAGGCCUAUCCCCCUUGUUCUUAAUCGUCAAAUGAUCAAGAUUCUUGAGGAUAUGGGUGUCGCAAGCGAAUGGUUCCUUCAAGUUCAAAACCGCGAACUCGAGAGACUACGCAUGAUCACUGCCCAGAUGCAUAAUACCGUCACAUUCCUCAAGAGACAAAAGGUUGCGGAGCAAAUCAACUUCUCAAAAUUCAUCCGCCGUCUCCACAAGCUGGGGAUAGACUACAAGAAGGACAAUUUCCUCUGUUCCGUCGUAGAGACCGUUAUCUUAAGGGAGGUCCGUCUUCUCAAGCAUAAAGCCCGGAUUCCAGUCGAGAAAGGUGUCACACUCUUCGGCGUUAUGGAUGAGUUUGGGUUUUUGGAGGAGGACGAAAUCUACGUCACGUUUGAGCAAGAAAAGCUUUACAGAAAACGUGGCAUUAAUAUAGACCUUCAUAACCGAUUGGUAUUGAUAACAAGGUCCCCUGCUCUUCACCCGGGCGAUAUUCAACUACGGACAGUGGUCGUACCUCCAGACUAUCAUCCCCUCCGGUCGCUCACGAACUGUGUUGUAUUCAGCCGGAAAGGAAAGAGAGAUCUUCCUAGUCAACUAAGCGGUGGAGAUCUCGAUGGGGAUAUCUACAACAUCAUAUGGGACGAGCUUGCUGUCGACCCAUCGCUGCUAGAGUUCACCCCAGCGGACUACCCCCGGGUUAAUCCCCUGAACAUUGGCCGGGAGGUGAGAUGGGAGGACAUGACGGAUUUCUUCGUCGAAUUCAUGGCCACCGACCAGUUGGGUGUAAUCGCUACGAAACACUUGAUUCUCGCCGAUAGGAAGCAAGCAGGGUCGGUCGAUGAUGAGUGUAAACUUCUUGCUGAGAUGCAUUCCACAGGCGUGGAUUACAGCAAAUCGGGUAUUCCGAUCGAUAUCAACAAGCUUAGAGGUUUGACAACAACAAAAUACCGCCCAGAAUUCUUGGCACCUGCCCCUCCCGCGAACAUCGUCGACAAGACAGAAAUCGUGUUUGAAACAACGAAAGCCCUAGUCCCCGAAGACGAAGAUGAUGAUAGCGGUCCCGGGCAUGUAUAUUACAAAUCCGAAAAAAUCCUUGGCGAACUAUACAGAGCUAUUGACGAGAAGCGGAUCUGGAAAAAUGACAUCCAUCAAUUUGUUAGCCGUCAUGGCCCUUCAGUAUGGGACCAGCUGCUUCAAUACAUCAACCGUAGAUGCGACGAGCUAGGAUAUGUCGACUGGGAGGCAGCCUUAGAUGAAGCCCGUCGUAUCCGUGAUGCAUAUGACGAUGCGGUUUGGACUGCAACUAUGGAAUAUUCUGAUAAUUUUACCAAAGGCCUUUCGGAGCUUGAGGUCUUUACGGGGUACAUCUUUAAUAAGACAGGCGCCCAGACUCGCCGGCAGCGAGAUAGAUCGAUCCGCCUCAAAGACGAUUAUGAUGCGAUCGCACGAUGGGUCGAAAGCAUGAUCCGCAAGAAAAAGGUGGACCCGCGGGACAGCGAUGAUGACGAUGAUUAUAGCGACAGCGACACAGAUUUGACAGAUUACCACACUGAUAGCCGGCAACACGACAGCACGCCGCUUGAACUGAGCAUCGCCUGCCUCCACGCCGGUAUCGCCAAGUCGAAGAGCUUCGGCAGAAACAAGGAUGACUUCCAGACGUUCAAGAUAAUCAGUGCACAGUGUGUGCUAACCGAGCUGGAACUUGCUCUCCAACGGCAGGAAUUUGCCACGGGAGCAGCGAUUGUUGCGGCGGGAACUAGACGGGUUCCGCGAGCAGGAGUGGCUUUCUGAUGUUUAAGUAAUUGUUAGGAAGGGUUGAGGUUUUGUAUGUAUGGUCUUUCGGGGUAGGAUCAACACGGUACGUUACAGGAGGCAAGGGGUCAGGCAUAAGAUCGGUUCUUGGUUUUCUCCGUAUGUUUUGGAAGGUUGGACGAGAGUGAGGGCGAGAAUAGUCUGGAUGGUCGGGCACAGCAUUGCGUGUCAACGUAAUAUGUAUGACGAUGAUAAUGAAAUGAAGUGCGAAUUAGGGUAGUAUCGAUACGUUUCAAAUGACUAUUCGUUUUAUUUGA